CGCCCCGGAAGUAGCUUCCCCCUGGACACCGUGGAGCGGAAGCUGUGUGUGGCCUGGACCUUGGCUCUUCUCUGGCAGGGACGCUGUAGCUGUUGCUAGACGACCGGUACUCUUCCCCGUCACUUCCUCAGCUCGCCAUCGUCCCGCUCCUUAGGCCGGAACCGGGGGACCCGGAGCCGGGGUGGACUCUAAGGUGUCCGUGGAGGUCUCAGGAUCCCGGCCAGCCCGGCGGCGGGAGUCAGGGCCACGCCACCUGCAGGGAAGAACCCGAGCCGCGGCGGGAAGAUGGCUGCAGACAAACUUGCAGAUCAGGGAAUGGAGAAGCAUGAAGGGACGGGCCAGUCUUCUGGGAUCACUGAUCAGGAGAAGGAGCUGUCCGCUGGAGCUUUCCAGGCUUUCACGUCUGGAAAUUAUGAUGCCUGUCUGCAACACCUUGCCUGUCUACAAGAUAUAAACAAAGAUGAUUAUAAAAUAAUUUUGAAUACAGCAGUAGCUGAGUUUUUUAAAAGUAGUCAAACAACAACAGAUAACUUGAGACAAACACUUAACCAGUUGAAGAAUCAGGUCCACUCAGCUGUUGAAGAAAUGGAUGGAUUAGAUGAUGUUGAAAACAGCAUGUUGUAUUAUAACCAAGCAGUCAUUCUUUAUCACCUGCGGCAGUAUACAGAGGCUAUCUCAGUUGGUGAAAAACUUUAUCAGUUCAUAGAACCUUUUGAAGAAAAAUUUGCCCAAGCAGUGUGUUUUCUGCUUGUAGACUUAUAUAUAUUAACCUACCAAGCUGAGAAAGCUUUGCAUCUUCUGGCCGUCUUAGAAAAAAUGAUUUCUCAGGGAAAUAAUAACAAAAAUGGAAAAAAUGAGGGUGGUAAUAAUACCAACAAAGAUGGAUCUAAUCAUAAAGCUGAAAGUGGAGCUCUAAUAGAAGCUGCAAAAUCAAAGAUACAUCAGUACAAAGUAAGAGCUUAUAUCCAAAUGAAGUCCCUGAAAGCAUGCAAAAGGGAAAUCAAGUCAGUGAUGAAUACAGCUGGAAAUUCUGCACCUUCCCUGUUUCUAAAAAGUAACUUUGAAUACUUAAGGGGCAAUUACCGAAAAGCUGUAAAAUUAUUAAAUAGUUCAAACAUUGCUGAACAUCCAGGAUUUAUGAAAACAGGUGAAUGCUUGAGAUGUAUGUUUUGGAACAAUCUUGGCUGCAUUCAUUUUGCCAUGAGCAAGCAUAAUUUGGGGAUAUUCUAUUUUAAGAAGGCUCUUCAAGAGAAUGACAAUGUCUGUGCACAGCUCAGUGCAGGUAGCACUGACCCAGGCAAAAAAUUCUCAGGAAGACCAAUGUGUACAUUACUAACCAACAAGAGGUACGAGUUGCUGUAUAACUGUGGGAUUCAGCUUCUUCACAUUGGACGGCCUCUCGCUGCCUUUGAGUGUUUGAUUGAAGCUGUUCAGGUUUAUCACGCAAAUCCCCGACUUUGGCUCAGGCUGGCUGAAUGCUGUAUUGCUGCCAAUAAGGGGAGUUCUGAACAAGAAACUAAAGGUCUUCCAAGCAAAAAGGGAAUUGUACAAUCUAUUGUUGGUCAAGGCUAUCAUCGUAAAAUUGUUCUAGCAUCACAGUCCAUACAGAAUACUGUAUAUAAUGAUGGGCAGUCUUCAGCCAUUCCUGUUGCCAGUAUGGAGUUUGCAGCCAUUUGUCUGAGAAAUGCCUUGUUGCUCUUACCUGAAGAACAGCAAGACCCAAAGCAGGAAAAUGGGUCUAAAAAUAGCAGUCAACUAGGGGGGACCACAGAAAGCAGCGAAAGCAGUGAAACUUGCAGCAGCAAAAGUCAUGAUGGUGACAAAUUCAUUCCAGCUCCCCCUUCUUCUCCAUUAAGAAAACAAGAGUUAGAAAACUUAAAGUGCUCCAUACUUGCUUGCAGUGCUUACGUGGCCCUGGCUUUGGGGGAUAACCUGAUGGCUUUGAACCAUGCAGAUAAACUUCUUCAGCAGCCCAAGCUGUCUGGAUCUCUUAAGUUUUUGGGCCAUUUAUAUGCUGCAGAAGCCCUCAUCUCUCUCGACAGAAUAUCUGAUGCUAUUACUCACUUGAACCCAGAGAAUGUCACUGAUGUCUCCUUAGGGAUCUCUUCAAAUGAGCAGGACCAAGGAUCAGACAAGGGUGACAAUGAAGCAAUGGAGUCCUCUGGAAAACGGGCCCCACAGUGCUACCCCAGUUCUGUCAACUCUGCCCGGACUGUGAUGCUGUUCAACCUGGGCAGUGCGUACUGCCUGAGGAGCGAGUAUGACAAAGCCCGGAAGUGUCUGCACCAGGCGGCUUCAAUGAUUCAUCCUAAGGAGGUUCCCCCUGAGGCCAUCCUGCUGGCAGUCUAUCUGGAACUGCAGAAUGGUAAUACUCAACUGGCCUUACAGAUCAUCAAAAGGAAUCAGCUCCUUCCCACAGUGAAGACACACUCAGAAAUGAGAAAGAAGCCAGUGUUUCAGCCUGUGCACCCAAUCCAGCCCAUCCAAAUGCCAGCGUUCACUGCUGUGCAGAGGAAGUGACUGACUGCUUUGGAGAAAGCCACCUGACACAAAGGCGGUGUUUAUUUUUCAGUUAUGUCACUGCAAAAUGAGUGAAUAACAGACUGAGAUAAAGGAUGUGAGUUUUGAAGACACAGUUUUUAAGACUUUUACCCACCCCUCUUCUUGCCAGAAGGAGAAGGUUACUUAAAAUUAAGGAUUCACAAACUUGUUUUCAGCCAUUUUCUUUUAAACUCUGACAGACUUAAUUUUGAACCAUUAUUUGAUCUAUGUGUCAGAGACAAUUAAAACAAGAUCCUGUCAGAACA